GGGGAAGAAGAAUUCGUUGAAGAGACUUCUCCACGCUUAGGAAAGGUGUCCUUUCUUCAUCAAUACAUCAAACUCUCCUCCUCUUGACACCUACUUUUCACUAUUCAACGCUUCUCUAUAUUCUCUCUGAAGUUCUCCCCCCUGCUUGUUAUUUCAAUACCUGAAAACCCACCUUUCUAUCGGCAUGUGUAUCCGAUCAUCUGUGUUAAACUGAGGUAUUUUCCCUGUAAGAAGGUGGGAAGGAGGUAAGAUGGGGACUUUCAAGCGACAGUUGAAAGUCAUGCUCCGGAAGAACUGGCUCCUCAAAAUUCGCCAUCCUUUUAUUACUGCAUCUGAGAUCAUUCUCCCGACUGUUGUAAUGUUAAUGCUAAUAGCUGUAAGGACACAAGUGGAUACAGAGUUACACCCAGUGCAACCCAAUAUUGAAAAGGAAACUUUUGUUGAAGUGGGAAAAGGCGCCGUAUCUCCAUCAUUUGAACAAGUACUGGAAUCUUUGCUUGCCAAUCAUGAGUAUUUGGCUUUUGUACCAGAUACAGAUGAGACACAAAUGAUGAUUAAUGUGUUGUCUGCAAAGUUUCCAGUCAUGAGUAUGGUCUCUAAGAUCUACAAGGAUGAAUACGAGCUCGAGACAUACAUACAGUCAAAUAAUUAUGGUUCCUGUAAUGCAAGCAAGAGCUGUUUGAACCCAAAAAUAAAAGGCGCAAUUGUAUUUCAUAGUCAAGGUCCUGAAGUUUUUGACUACAGUAUUCGCCUCAAUCACAGUUGGGCAUUCUCAGGAUUUCCUGAUGUUAAAACUAUUAUGGAUGUGAAUGGUCCUUAUCUCAAUGACUUGGAACUGGGAGCGAAUACUAUAUCUAUUCUGCAGUACAGCUUCAGUGGCUUCUUCACUCUUCAGCAAGUAGUGGAUUCUUUUAUCAUAUUUGCUGCUCAACAAAAUGCAUUGGAGGUGGACGCUAAUGCUGAGUCACUUUUCCUACAAAAGAUACUAUGGAGACAAUAUAGCCCUGCAACAAUAAGGGUUGCUCCUUUUCCUACUCGGGAAUACACAGAUAAUGAGUUCCAGUCCAUCAUAAAAAAAGUCAUGGGUGUGCUGUACCUGCUGGGAUUUCUCUAUCCUGUUUCACGCUUGAUCAGCUAUUCUGUGUCUGAGAAGGAACAAAAGAUAAAGGAAGGUCUCUACAUGAUGGGUUUAAAGGAUGAGAUAUUUUAUCUUUCUUGGUUUAUCACUUAUGCUUUACAGUUUGCAAUUUCUUCUGGAAUCAUCACCAUUUGCACGAUGACUACUCUUUUCCAAUAUAGUGACAAGUCACUAGUGUUCGUAUACUUCUUUAUAUUUGGCUUAAGUGCAAUAAUGCUGGCAUUCUUGAUAUCAACAUGCUUCACACGCUCAAAAACAGCAGUGGCAGUUGGUACCCUUUCCUUCCUUGGGGCCUACUUCCCUUAUUACACAGUAAACGACCAGGGUGGUCCUAUGUCGUUGAAGAUUACUGCUUCAUUGCUUUCCCCUACAGCAUUUGCCUUAGGUUCAAUUAACUUUGCUGAUUAUGAACGCGCUCAUGUUGGUCUUCGUUGGAGCAAUAUGUGGCAGUCCUCGUCUGGAGUGAAUUUUUUGGUCUGCCUCCUGAUGAUGGUGCUUGACACACUACUAUACUGUGCUAUUGGUCUUUAUUUGGACAAGGUUCUACCAAGAGAAAAUGGUGCCCAACGUCGAUGGUAUUUUAUAUUCUCUAAGUGCUUUCAUAGAUUUAGACCUGCUACGAAAGCUUCCGCUUGCCACUCUGAUGAUCCUGAUGGAAUGGUGAGCUUUGCUAGAAGUGAUGUCAGUGAAGUUGCCAUUGAAGCUGUAACCUUGGAAAUGAAGCAACAAGAACUUGAUAGCAGGUGCAUCCAAAUAAGGAAUCUGCGGAAGGUUUACAGUACUAAGAAGGGCAGGUGUGCUGCUGUAAAGUCCUUGGAUUUGAACUUGUAUGAAAAUCAGAUUCUUGCCCUUCUAGGUCACAAUGGAGCUGGUAAGAGUACAACAAUUUCUAUGCUUGUUGGCCUCCUUCGUCCUACUUCUGGAGAUGCUUUGGUGUUGGGGAAGAAUAUUAUGACAGAGAUGGAGGAGAUACGGAAGCUAUUGGGUGUGUGCCCUCAAACAGAUAUUCUUUUUUCCGAGUUAACGGUGAAGGAACAUUUGGAGCUAUUUGCCAAUUUGAAGGGUGUGAAGGAAGAGAUGGUGGAGAGCAGUGUGAUUGCAAUGAUAGAAGAAGUUGGAUUAGCGGAUAAAGUUAACACACAUGUGGGAGCCCUAUCCGGAGGCAUGAAAAGAAAGUUAUCCCUUGGAAUUGCACUAAUUGGAGAUAGUAAGGUUAUUGUUCUUGAUGAACCCACUAGUGGAAUGGACCCUUACUCCAUGAGGUUGACAUGGCAACUAAUUAAAAAGAUGAAAAAAGGGAGGAUAAUUUUGCUAACUACUCACUCUAUGGAUGAAGCUGAUGUUUUAGGAGAUCGAAUUGCUAUAAUGGCCAAUGGAUCAUUAAAAUGUUGUGGAAGUUCACUUUUCUUGAAGCACCAUUAUGGGGUUGGUUAUACUCUUACAUUGGUUAAGGGAGCGCCAAGUGCUUCUAUUGCUGCGGAUAUUGUUUACAGACACAUUCCUUCAGCGACAUGUGUUAGCGAAGUUGGGACUGAGAUUUCAUUUAAGCUUCCCUUGACAUCUUCUUCCUCCUUUGAGAGUAUGUUUAGAGAGAUUGAAGGGUUCAUGAAAAAGUCAAAUCCUACCUCAGGAGUUAGUGAGAAGGAGGAAAGUAACUCCCUUGGAAUUGAGAGCUAUGGUAUAUCAGUCACGACUCUUGAAGAGGUUUUCCUAAGAGUGGCGGGUUCUGAUAUUAAUGAAAUUGAAACUAGUGAGGAAAAGAAGAUCCCUACUUCACCUGAUGCUAUGCUAUGUCAUGUCUCUUCUACUCAGACACCAAAUAGUAUAGUUUCUUCAAAGUGGUUUGGUAGUUAUAUGAAGGUUGUUCGAGUCAUACUGGGCGUAGUGUGGAAGGCUUGUAGUUUGUCUUUCGCUUACUUCAUGAGUUUCUUAAGGUUCUUGAGUAUGCAGUGCUGUUGCUUAGGCAUUGUAUCAGGCUCUACAUUUUGGCAACAUUGCAGAGCAUUGUUUAUUAAGAGGGCCAUAUCUGCUAGUAGAGACCGGAAAACAAUUGUAUUCCAGCUCUUAUUUCCAGCUAUAUUCCUGCUUCUUGGUCUUAUUUUUGUGGAGCUCAAACCACACCCUGCUCAGCAGUCUAUUACCCUUACCACUUCUUAUUUUAAUCCCCUCUUAAGUGGUGGAGGAGGUGGUGGUCCAAUUCCUGUUGAUUUGAGUAAACCCAUUUCAACUGAGGUUGUAAACUACAUAGAAGGGGGAUGGGUUCAAAGAUAUAAACCAACUACAUACCAAUUUCCAGAUCAAGAAGAGGCAUUAAGUGAUGCUAUUGAAGCAGCUGGACAAACACUUGGCCCCGUUCUCCUCUCUAUGAGCGAAUAUCUGAUGUCCAGCUUUAAUGAAUCUUACCAAUCAAGGUAUGGUGCAAUUGUAUUCGAUGAUCAGAAUAAUGAUGGAAGUCUGGGAUACACUGUUCUACACAACAGUUCUUGUCAGCAUGCAGCUCCAACAUAUAUAAAUUUAGUAAAUGCAGCAAUUCUGAGGCUUGCUACUAUGAACAAAAACAUGACAAUUCAAACACGUAAUCACCCAUUGCCUCUGACAACAAGUCAGCACUUGCAACGCCAUGACUUGGAUGCAUUCGCAGCUGUAAUUAUUAUUAAUAUUGCUUUCUCCUUCAUCCCGGCAUCAUUUGCAGUUUCUAUAGUCAAGGAGUAUGAAGUAAAAGCUAAGCAUCAGCAACUAAUUAGCGGAGUAUCUGUAUGGUCUUAUUGGGUUUCAACAUAUGUAUGGGACUUUGUCAGCUUCUUGUUUCCUACAUCGUUUGCAUUGAUCCUAUUCUACAUAUUUGGCCUUGAUCAGUUCAUUGGAACUGGUUCUUUCUUUCCCACAACUAUCUUAUUUCUGGAAUAUGGGCUUGCAGUUGCAUCUUCAACAUAUUGCUUAACCUUCUUUUUUUCAGAGCAUUCAAUGGCUCAGAAUGUGGUUCUCUUGAUUCACUUUUUCACUGGACUCGUUCUUAUGGCUAUCUCAUUCGUUAUGGGACUUAUAGAGACAACAGCAAGUUUAAACUCUUCUCUGAAGAACUUCUUCAGAUUAUCACCAGGAUUUUGCUUUGCUGACGGGUUAGCUUCAUUGGCUCUUUUACGGCAAGGGAUGAAGACUGAAUCUAGUGAUAAAGUUCUUGACUGGAAUGUAACUGGUGCUUCUAUUUGUUAUCUUGGUGUUGAGGCCAUUAUAUAUUUUCUUUUAGUCCUUGCUCUUGAGCUUGUGCCUCCUGGAAGAAUACGUUUAUUUACCUAUAAAGAGUGCUGGAAGAGGAUAAUAAAGAUCUUCCAAAGAACUUCAGAUUCGUAUCUUGAACCAUUAUUAGAAGGAUCAUCCAAAUCUGCUAGUGUUAACAUGGAUGAAGAUGUUGAUGUUGAAGCAGAAAGGAACAGGGUAGUUUCAGGUUCAGCUGACAAUGCUAUCAUCUAUUUGCGUAAUCUUCGGAAGGAAUAUCCUGGGGCAGAUUACCCAGGGAUAAAAGUUGCAGUACAGUCAUUAACUUUCUCAGUUCAAGAAGGAGAAUGUUUUGGCUUUCUGGGUACUAAUGGAGCUGGGAAAACAACAACUCUGUCAAUGCUAACUGGUGAAGAACGCCCCAGCAGUGGAACUGCAUUUGUUUUCAACAAAAAUAUCUGUUCAAACCCUAAGGCUGUUCGCCGUCAUAUCGGUUACUGUCCACAGUUUGAUGCGCUGCUUGAGUUUCUGACUGUCCAGGAACAUCUUGAGCUCUAUGCCAGAAUAAAAGGAGUCACCGAAUAUGGCCUGAAGAAUGUGGUUACAGAGAAAUUAAUAGAGUUUGAUUUGUUGAAGCAUGCCAACAAGCCUUCUUUCUCCCUCAGCGGUGGAAACAAACGUAAAUUGUCUGUUGCAAUUGCAAUGAUCGGAGAUCCUCCUAUAGUUAUUCUUGAUGAGCCAUCUACAGGUAUGGAUCCAAUUGCCAAAAGGUUCAUGUGGGAGGUAAUAUCCCGUCUCUCUACCAGACUUGGAAAGACUGCUGUCAUUUUAACAACACAUAGCAUGAAUGAAGCUCAAGCCCUAUGCACCAGAAUUGGAAUAAUGGUUGGUGGCCGGCUAAGAUGCAUCGGAAGUCCUCAACAUCUAAAAUCACGUUUCGGGAAUCAUUUUGAGCUUGAGCUGAAACCCACUGAUACUAGCUUGGAGGAUUUGGAGAAUCUGUGCCGUUCAAUUCAAGAAAAGUUAUUCCACGUUCCUUCUCAACAAAGAGGCGGCUUAUUGAGUGACCUUGAAAUCUGUAUUGGGGCUAAUGAGUCCGCAUCAAUAGAGAGUGCAUCUAUGUCAGAGAUUAGCUUGUCAGAGGAUAUGAUAGUCAUGAUAGGACGCUGGCUUGGCAAUGAAAUGAGGGUACAGGAGCUUGUGUCUUCAACAAAGCUUUCACUGAGUUCAUUUGGUGAACAAUUGUUCCGCGAUGGUGGUAUCCCAUUGCCGGUAUUUUCUGAAUGGUGGUUAGCCAAAGACAAGUUCUCUGUAAUUGAUACAUUUGUUCUAUCUUCCUUUCCUGGUGCUACAUCUCAAGGUUGCAAUGGCUUGAGCGUUAAAUAUCAGUUGCCAUAUGCAGAGGAACUCUCACUUGCUGAUGUCUUUGGACACAUAGAACGUAAUAGAGACUUAUUGGGCAUAGCGGAUUACAGCAUCAGCCAAUCGACACUAGAAUCCAUUUUUAAUCAUUUUGCAGCUGCCGCCUACUGAUGGUAAAUACUACUUAUGUUGUAAGGUACAAUAACCAUCGACCUUAUAAUUCCCUCUAUUUUGUGAAACUAUACUCGUAUAAUCUAUUAUAGUUAUAUAGUAGUUUUGUACAUAUAUAUUUCGAACUACCAAAUAGGCACAAACGGAAUGUUUAUGAACUAGCUUAGAGGUGGGAAAUAUUUAAGUGCCUUUUAAUUUAAGUUAUAUACUA